AUGCAUAACAACAAGCUGUUCUCCUUAAAAGAAGUGCACAUUUUCCUCAAGCGUUCAGAAUCGAAAAGAACUUACAACAAGAAGAUAUCAGUGCUCUAUUAUGGUUUUGACAUUUACGAUAUUUCUGUAUAAUUUAUAAUAUUCUUGUCUCUUAAUUCUCAUUUUAGAAGCUCUUCUCUAUUUGGAAUAUUUGCUUUUGUUUGUUUUUCAUGACCGUCUCUAAUGUAAUCGAAGUGGAGGGGCCACAUUUGGGGGAGUGUAAUAUGAAAAAGGAGGCAUCCGAAUUAUUAGGGUUUGUUCCUCAAAAAGAUAUUGUUUACAACGAGCUUCUGCCUUACCAGGACAAAUUAGACGAAGAGUCUAAUGAAAUCUUGGCACAGAUCAAAGGAAACCUCAGCCGAGCCGUCCAGCUCAGGGAGGUAUGGCCAGGUGUCUUAUUCUGGACGAGGAAACUUUCCACGUACAUGAGAUUAUAUGGGAGGAAAUUCAGCAAAAAGGACCAUGUGCUCUUGGUCAAGCUGCUGUACGAGCUGGUCACCAUCCCCAAACUGGAGGUCAGCAUGAUGCAGAGCUUCACCCGUCUCCUCAUCAACCUGCUGAAGAAGAAGGAGCUACUUUCAAGAGAUGAUUUGGAAUUGCCAUGGCGACCCCUGUAUGAGUUGCAGGACAGGAUCUUGUACUCAAAGAAUUGGUUUCCCAGUUCUCUGCGACCACGUUCUUCCACUAAGUACAUAAUCGUUAAACUUGCUCAGAGAUGCUCAGUGGAAGCAGUUCUAAAGGCCUUAAUCAAGAGCUGCAGGCCAUAUUUCCCAGAAUCAGCAACACAGGAGAUGCUGGAUGAGUGGAAACCGCUGAUGUGUCCAUUUAAUGUCACCAUGCAGAGGGCAAUGGGAUACUUUGAGCUCUUCCUGCCCACCACUCUCCCCCCAGAGCUGCAUGAAAAGGGCUUCAAACUUUGGUUUGAUGAUUUGAUAAGCCUGUGGGUGUCUGUGCAGAAUCUUCCAAGCUGGGAAGUGCAUCUUGUCAAUCUUUUUGCACGACUGGCGAAUGACAACAUUGGUUACAUAGAUUGGGACCCGUAUAUACCCAAGAUCUUCACUAGGAUCCUGAGAAGUCUUAAUCUUCCUGUGGGAUCUAGCCAGAUGCUGGUGUCCAGAUAUCUGACAAAUGCUUAUGACAUUAGUCAUGUGGUUAUCUGGAUAUCUGCUUUGCUGGGAGGGCCUAGUAAGCAGACCCAGACCCAGCUCAGUGGCCUUUUCAACAGUAUCGCCUCGUUUUUCCACCCCUCUAACCACGGCCGAUGGCUGAUGAAACUCAUGAAGCUCAUUCAGCGUUUGCCUGCCAGCGUGGUAAGACGUCUACAUCGUGAACGUUACCAGACACCGUCGUGGCUGAGUCCUGUUCCCAAGAGUCACCACCUGAGCGAACAGGACAUCACUGACUUUGUGGAGAGCAUGAAGCAGCCUGUCUUGCUGGCCAUGUUUAGCAAAACUGGCAGUCUGGAUGCUGCCCAAGCACUGCAGAACCUCGCACUGCUCAGACCUGAGUUGGUCAUUCCACCAGUGCUUGAGAAGACAUAUCCCGCCAUGGAGACCCUAACUGAGCCUCACCAGCUGACCGCCACUUUAAGCUGUAUGAUCGCUGUGGCGCAGAGCCUGGUGACCGGGGGACAGAGGUUCCCAGAGGGCCCCACACACAUGCUGCCUCUUCUCAUGAGAGCCUUGCCUGGGGUCGAUCCCAACGACUUCAGAAAAUGCAUGAUAACAUUCCAGUUAAUAGCAACUUAUGUUACUCUUGUGCCAUUGGUGGACUGUUCUGCUGCUGUUCAGGGAAGAGAUGACCUCACACAGGUGGAAAAAGAGCUGUGUUUAGCCUCAGCAGAGUUUGAGGAUUUUGUUCUUCAAUUUAUUGAUAGGUGUUUUGCACUGAUUGACAGCAGUACUCUGGAACAGACCCGGGAGGAGAUGGAGACAGAGAAAAUGACUCAUCUUGAGAGUCUGGUUGAGUUGGGCCUGUCCUCAACUUUCUGUACCCUCCUAACACAAUGCUCUAUGGAAAUAUUCCAGGUGGCUCUGGAAAAGAUCUUCAACUUUGCCACUACAAAUAUUUUUGAGACUCAUGUGGCUGGACGCAUGGUGGCAGACAUGUGUCGAGCUGCAGCCAAGUGUCACCCAGCAGAGGCUCUCAAACUCUUUGUGCCUCACUGUUGUAAUGCCAUAUUAUACAUCACAGCUAAUGAAGAGGUGUUAAAUGAUGAGGAGCUGGAUAAAGGACUGAUGUGGAACCUCCAGCUGUUGUCUGAGGUGACCCGUGUGGGUGGUGAUAAGCUAUUAAUCUACAGUUCUCAGUUGGUUCAGAUACUACAGUUAACUCUGCAUCUGAAAAGUAAGCAGGGCUACAGUCUGGCCUGUAAGCUACUCCAUCACAUCCUGCGCUCCAUCUCCCUCAUCUACCCCACUGAUUACUGCAGUGUGCCUGGUGGCUUCCAGCAGCCCACUGACAAAUACCUGCCAAUCAAGGACUGGGGUCGGCCAGGAGACCUGUGGAACCUGGACAUCCAAUGGCACGUGCCUAACAUAGAGGAGACAGAGUUUGUCUUCUACCUGCUGGAUCUGCUGCUGAAGCCUGAACUCCAGCGGCUGCAGAGACACACGCAGGGAGUGCAGGACAUCAGCAGGGAUGAUGUUUUGCAGAGUCUGUCUAUUGUUCAUCAUUGUCUUUUGGGAGCAGGCAGCCUUCUGCCCUCACUGCAUGGAGAACCAGUGCCGGAUCUGAUCAACAGUAUGAUUCAGCUGUAUGAGACUAAGGUGUACACCGGAGUAGACUAUGACCUGUCUAGACAGAACUACAGAGAAGACAUCUGUAAGGCGAUUAGACCCCUUCUGCACCACACACUGGAACAUUCAGAAGAUGACACCAAAUCCCUUUUCUCUAUUAUUACGAUUAUCAAUGACCUCCUCCACUUUAAAGGCACACACAAACAUGAAUUUAAUUCUCGCUGGAAAAGUUUCAGCCUGGUCAAAAAGUCCAUGGAGAAUAAGCUUCAUGGCAGUAAACGGCACAUUAGAACUCUGCUAAUAGACAGAGUCAUGCUGCAACAUGAGCUAAGAAAUUUGACCAUGGAGGGGUGUAAUUACAUGAGAAUUCACCAGGACCUGAUGAAUGAUCUGCUUAAACUGUCUACCAGCAGGUACAGUCAGGUGAGGAGUAGAGCUCAGAAUGUGCUGUUUACUGCUUUGGGAACCUACAACUUCUGCUGCAGAGACAUAAUACCAGCUGUGCUGGAGUAUCUGGACCCACACCGCACUGAUGUCACCCAUCAGCAAUUCAAAGGUGCCUUGUACUGUUUGUUGGGGAACCACUCUGGGAUUUCUCUUCCUAACUUGCAGUACUGGGAUUGCAUAUCUGUGACAUGGCCUGCCAUUGUGCAUUCUGGCAUGAGCCCCUCCAUGUCUCUAGAGAAACCAUCAGUAGUCCGGCUCUUCGAUGACCUGGCUGACAAAAUCCACCGCCAAUACGAGACCAUCAGCAUUGACUUUUCUAUCCCAGAAAGUUGUGUAGAGGUUGCUCUUGAACUAAAUAAAUCUAAUAACCCAGAACCGACCCCUCGUGCGGCCUCUGGACAGGAGGAAUUGGAGGGAAUUCAAAGACAGCAACAGAAGAAUAAAGACUCUGUGCAGAAAUAUGAGAAGCUAGUGGCGGAUCUUUUGGACUGCCUCUACGAGAGAAACAUUCCCUGGAAGUUUGAGCAGAUAGCUAUCGGCUUCCUCUCUCUGAUGCUGAGAGGUGAUCACCCCCUGCCAUCCUCUGCUGUCCUGUUUUUCGUCCAGAGCCUCAUUCACGACUCACUCUUAGUUCGCAAUGUUGCGAUAUCAGCAGUGAGUUCAAUUCUGAAGCAGCUUAAGAUACCUCACAAGAAAGUGGCAGUGAAUCCAUAUGACAUUUCUGAGCUCAAAAGCUCCCUACAGUUACGUAAUGAUGUUGGUCUAAGAUGUUUGAUGGCUGGAGACAGGCCUGAUAACCAGUGGCUGCAGUAUGACAGCAGCAGAUUGCCGUGCUCCCAGCAGGACUGGGAUGAAUGCUGCUUUAUCGAGAAAACCCACUGGGGUUAUUCCACAUGGCCACGGAAGCUGAUGCUCUAUGCUCCUCCUGAGGAACAGCCCAAACAGGGCAAAACAAGAGAAGAGAUGAAUGAAAGUGAACAGAUCAUAUACGAUCAUUUCUUAGACCAGUUGUUUAUAGAUCAGCUCAUCCAGUAUUUAUCUCUGGAGGACAGGAAGGGGAAAGAUAAAUUCAGCGCACGACGAUUUUGCCUCUUUAAGGGUAUUUUUCGUCACUUUGAUGAUGCAUUCCUCCCACUGCUGAAGCCUCAUAUGGAGCGUCUGGUUACAGAUUGCCAUGAUAGCACCCAGUGCUGUGUGGCUGAGAUCAUCUCUGGUCUAAUCAGGGGCUCCAAACACUGGAGCUACAGCAAGGUGGAGAAACUUUGGGCUCUACUCUGUCCACUCCUCCGUACGGCCCUCUCCAAAAUUACCGUAGAGACAUAUUCUGACUGGGGCACUUGCAUUGCCACUGCCUGUGAGAGCCGAGACCCACGAAAGCUACACUGGCUGUUUGAGAUGUUAAUGGAAUCACCGGUCACUGGAGAAGGAGGCUCCUUUGUGGACACCUGUCGUCUGUAUGUUCUGCAGGGAGGACUUGCUCAGCAGGAGUGGAGAGUCCCAGAGCUGCUUCACAGGUUACUGCAGUGCCUGGAGCCCAAACUUACUCAGGUCUACAAAAAUGUACGGGAACGCAUCGGAAGUAUGCUCACCUACAUCUUCAUGAUCGAUGUGAAUCUGCCUCACACUCGGCCCACCACGUCCCCGCGCAUCGGAGAGUUCACAGAGCGUGUGCUGGCCAGACUCAAGCCAUUAACGGAGGGAGAGGAAGAGAUUCAGAACCAUGUGAUUGAAGAGAAUAUUGAGGGAGACCAAGAUGAGAGGACACAGGCCAUCAAAUUACUAAAAACAGUGUUAAAGUGGCUAAUAAUCAGUGCUGGACGCUCCUUCUCUUCUGCUGUCCCAGAACAGCUGCGCCUCCUUCCUCUCCUCUUUAAAAUUGCUCCUGUAGAGAAUGACGACAGUUAUGAUGAGAUGAAGAUGGACGCUAAGACCUGUCUGUCUCUCAUGUCUCAGGGACUGCUGUACUCUGAACAGAUCCCACAAGUCCUCAGUGCACUGGAAGAGAUCUCAAGGAGCAGCUCAUGGCACGCACGUUACACAGUUCUCACCUACCUGCAGAUUAUGGUGUUCUACAAUCUCUUCACUUUCCUCAGUGAUGCCAAGGCUAUCAGUGACGUAAGAGCGCUGGUGCUACGCCUGCUGGAGGACGAACAACUGGAGGUUCGGGAGAUGGCCGCCACCACUCUAAGUGGAUUCCUGCAGUGUAAUUUUCUUAGUAUUGAUGUACCCAUGCAGGCCCACUUUGAGUCCCUGAGCAAGACCCGUCUGCCCAAGCGCAAUAGGAGAGAGCUGGGAUCAGUGGUGGACACUAUCCCUUCUGCUGACCUAGUGCGGCGACAUGCAGGUGUGUUAGGUCUGAGUGCCUGCAUCCUGUCCAGCCCGUAUGAUGUGCCCACCUGGAUGCCCCAGAUUCUGAUGGACCUGAGUGCCCACCUCAGUGACACACAGCCCAUAGAGAUGACUGUGAAGAAAACCCUCUCUGAUUUCCGUCGCACUCAUCACGAUAACUGGCAGGAACACAAACAGAAGUUCACAGAUGACCAGCUGCUGGUGCUCACAGAUCUGCUGGUGUCCCCUUGUUACUAUGCUUAGACUGAUGCUACUGUCUGGUGAAGGGGAACUGUUUCUUACAUUUGUCUUGAUGGAAAGGCAAAGCUUAUUUGAGUGCUUGAAUCCUGAAUUUGUUUGUAUGUAAUGUAUGUGGGGUUUUUUUCACUCCGAAUGUCUGGGAUCAGACAAUGUUACAUAUCUCAGACUGAAUGUUUUUGGAGGACAGAAUGUUCAUAGUUUAUUUUUGACUUUGAAGAUAAAACAUAAAGGGAAGUCGACACAAAUGGGUAAACUAACACAAAGAAACAAAUGGUAACAUAAUCAGAAUAUCAGUAGCCAAUUGUGUCAGUCAGUUGUGAUGUGUGAACGUGAAGUGUUGUAUCAGUGAGUGUAUGGAUGCUCAAAAUAAACAGCCAAACUGAAGCAGGGAGCUGGCAGACUGCCAAAGCAGCGGCCACCACUAGUGGUAGCACAGUGUUUAAAUCGGUCACCGCAACAAGGCUCAGGUGUGCACAAACCAUGCCCCAAUCACAUCAAAUGAACCUGCAUAGAAGAAAAGAAAACACAGACACAGCACUGACUGGAUCGUAACAGGAUAUACUUAAUAUUUAAGGGGAAUCUAUUGCAGGUACCACUGGCCUGCAUUAUGUAAUGUUAUUGUACAGUUUGCAGUUUUUGCUUGUGUGUAUGUGCAAAAGAGCAAGUGUGUGUGUGCAGAAGAGAAUUUCUAUUGAAUAUUAUUGAAAGUAUGGAUUGUUAUAGUCCAUUUAUAAUGCAGUAUUCUGCACUGAUUUGCACAAGUAUUAUAAUACUAGUAGUAUACAAUUUGAGGGGUAAUCUGUUUGAAAUCUAUACAUAAUGUUUGUCAAUGUUACAUGUGUUUUAGCUCUCAGCACAAUUAAUUGCGAAAAUUUUUCCUGAGUACAUUUCCUUUUUGAAGUUAUGCUCUACUUUUUUCCAUGUGUAUCUACAUACAGUAAAUGAGAGAGACGGAGAAAAAGUGAGAUGAAGAUUUGUAUUUCACUUGCCUAUAGUUGAUCUUUUCAGUCAAAAACAUUUGUAUUUAUUUAUUUAAAUUUGAACCAGUUGUCAGUUUUUACAUUUAGGGUUUGCGCUUUGGUUUCCUGUACUGAGCCAGGUGUUUUCAGGAGAUUCUAUAUGAAUGUUUUUAAAGAAACUGUACAGUAUACUGUCAAAGACACCUAGAAAAGGCACUUUGCAUGUUAGUUUCCAACAGGAGUUACCAAGAGUUACUGUUUACAUGUUUGCUCUCCUGCACAUUUUUUUCAAUAGCUACAGUUACAGAUGGAACUUUUAAAAUGUUUGACAGAAAACAAUAGUUGACGAGUUUGCAUAAUAAGUGUAAUUAACGCUGUCAAAAUCAUGUUAUAAGCCAUACAGAAUUGAACUUUGGUCAAGUGGCAAAAGUUGCAUGCCAUAGAGGACACUUGUGUUGGUGUACUCUGAGAUGCUAAUGUUUGACUGAUUCAUCAGCAGUUGUUGUUUUUGUCAUGAUGUUCCUUAUAUAAAUAUUUGAAAUACAAAAGUAAAGCCAAGAAAUGUUUGUAAUAAAGUGUGACAAAGCG